AGGCAGGCCUGGGCGAGCUCGGCGCGCUCGACAGUUCCACCGAGGCGCUCCUCAGGCGGCACCGGGGCCGGCUGGCUCUGGAGCGGGCCGCCGGACAGGCGGCGCCGCAGGCGGGCGCCGCCGACCCCUGGGCCGCGGCGCCGGGGGCCGAGGAGGAGCGGGGCCUCCUGGCGCGCGCGGCGCAGGAGGAGGACGACGCGCAGGCCGUGCGCGAGGUGGCCUGGGGCCCCGCCGUGGAGGGCCAGCAGCCAGCGCCGAGGGAACCGCCUGCCGACGCCGCCUCCAGACCAGCGGAGGACGCCGGGCGCGAGCAGGAGGAGCGGGACGAAGACCCCGACCUGUGGUCGCUGUGGAACGUUGGCGCGCCCGGGCCCCGCUCCGGGGGCGUCGGAGCCGAGGGCGCGGCGGAGUCCCCUGGCAUGGGCGCCGACGCCGGCUCCGCGACGCCGCCGAGCAGGCUGCGCGAGUACCUCGCGAGGCCCGCCCGCCUGGGCCGCCGCGCCGUGGACGUGUCCCCGGCGGCGCGGCGGCCGCAGCGUGUCAAGGAUCAUGUGCACCGGAUAGUUGAUUGCCCUUCUUUCACUGGCCAGGACCACCAGUGGCAGGAAGCGGGACAGGAUGCUCCCACCUCUGGGCCGAAGGGGUACGUGCAGUAUUUGGACCCCCUUCCUUGGAUCGACCCCACCAGUAUUCGACAGGCGCUCCGCUCAGAGUCCGCAGUCUCCAAUUCGCAGGUCACUUGCAGUGUUCUCUGGGGGUUAGCCAACUUCUUCAAGACCAUAUGCCUAACCAAGCUCAGAGAUCGCUGCAAACUCCUGGGCUUCCCAGCGCAGAUCGCCAUGGUGUUCCUGAGUAUGGACCGGGGCACGAAGGGCGCAGCGCACGCCGCCGGGCGCCCCACGUGCGCGGAGCUCCGCCUCCAGCAGGAGCAACGGGAGGCCGGGGACUGCGGGGAGGUGUCGGCGGGCAAAGAUGUCGCACGCCACGACCAACGGGCGGAAGCAGACGUGAUCAGCGCGACGGGAGCGCAGAUGGGGUUUUGUUGGGCACCGCGGGACUUCGACGAUUGGUACAACCCUGCGGUGGCGGCGUGGCUGGCAGAAGAUGGGAAUGGCGAACGGCAGGCGGCAACUCCAGACUACAAGUACCAGCGCAAGGGAGGACGCGGGGAGGACACGGACCUGGUGGAGGCGGUGAUGUCCCUGCGGACGGAAGCGGAGGGCGAGGUGCCACCCGUCGGCAUCCUGCGGAGGGCCGUGGCGGAGGCGCGCGAGGGCGCCGGCGGCAGCAGGAGCGACGGGCCAGCACCCCCAAGGGCGAGCCGACCAGGGCGAGGGGAGAGGCAGCCGCACGGGCUGCAGAAUCCGGCUGGCCGCAUCCUGUUCGUCACCGAGCGCCUCCCGCUGCUCUCGGGGCGGCGGGCUGGCAGGCAGGAGCGGCCGCGCGCUGGCGCUAACGCUGACCUGUGGCAGCGUGUCGCCCGCGUUGCUGGCGAUGUCGAGGCGGAGGCGUAG